CUGCUCUUCUCUCUACUUCCUCCCAUUUAGCAGCAGCUCGCCCAAGAGGCUGAUACGGACUCACCACCCAUUGCUGCACUGCAGGGACUCGAUAGCUGGCUAUAUUGAUCGCUAUUACACCCCCAUUGCCUGUUGUUGUCCGCUAUGGGUGUCUUCUGAAGUCCCCUGAGCCUGUACAGACGUGGGCACGUCGCGUGCUCUUCCAUUAAGUGGUCCAGUACCCCCCCCUUCGCUGGUCACUGUCGCUCUCUGUUGUGUCUCCCUGCUUGUGUGUAUAUCGUUACCAUAUGGCAGCAGUAUUCAUACCUCCUUCGCCGCGGACAUCCCUUGCCAUGUCGACUCGACGAGCUCCUCUCGCGAAUGUGCCCAAUGCCGCCAACUCACCCCACCGGACUGGGAUCGCUGCAAUGAAGCGCUCCCGGACAGCGGGCUCUCAGGUCGAUAUCCCUUAUGGCCAGCCUCCCCCAAAGAAACAACACGUGGACCGAGAGGAGUUGGAACCACGGUCACCGACUCGACCAAAGACGACGAUCUAUCCAAGCGCAGAGUCCAAGUUCUUCACCAAGCGAACCAACAAUGCUCAGCCAAGUGCUUUUGAGAAGAAGCUGGUAGCAGCUCGGGAUAAGGAACGGCUAUCACAGACCAAAGGGGUCAGAUAUGAGAAGACAUCGGCGGAGACCCUCGACAAUAUACGGCAGUGGCAGAGACAUUACCGCAAGGCAUUCCCGCAGUUCGUAUUUUACUUUGACAGCAUCCCCGAAGAUGUUCGAAACAAAUGCUCAAGACAGGUGACGGCUUUGGGUGCGCGUGAGGAAAAAUUCUUCUCUCGUACUGUCACCCAUGUCGUUACGACUCGCCCUAUACCCCCCGAGACCGACGUCCCUGCUGCCACCGAGAUGAACGCUACGACAGCGAUGGAGCAACAGUCUGUCGAUGGUCCUGUUCAGACAGUUAAUCCGUCCUUGCUUGAGAAGAACGCGGAACUCAGCUCACAUAUGUCGCUGAAGUCGAGAAACCCAUUCGAUAGACGGGCAGAUGCAGAUCUUCGACGUGAUCAAGGUGGACUGGAUGUGCUUCACAGGGCUCGCCAAAUGGGUAUGAAAAUAUGGGCUUUGGAAAAAUUGCAGCGGAUGAUUACUACAAUCAAUGAUGGAGAUGCCGCACUGUCGAAUCACUUAGCCCGCAGUCACACGGUUGGAACUGGACGAAACCGAGGAGACACCGAUCUAUCUCAGGUCCUUCGAAACGAGCUUAAUGGCCCUUCAGAACGUGAUCCUUCCUCGUAUAUGAAGGAUAUGGUCAUGUUCAAAGGGCCGUUUAUCUACGUUCACGAUAUGGAUGAAAAGACGCGACCUGUGAUGGUUAGAGAAUACCCCAAAGUUGCAAAACGCCAGGAUGGUGCAUGGCCGCAAUUUCGAAGCGCUCCACUGGGUAAAUGUCCUUUCAUCGACGAGCCACCGUCGAGGAAAGAAAUCGAACGGGCGCGCCUUCAGAAAGAGAAGGAAAAGAAGGCUGCCGCUAAGAUACAGCAUGACGCUGAACAAGAGAGCAGGAACAUGGAUCCUCCGGAGCGUGCAGUUGUGAAAGCAGAAGCCCAGGAGACCGACGUUGAGACUGUUGCACCUGUGAAGAGAGAGGAAAGCGUGCCCGCUUCCAAGGAGACGGAACCACAAAAAAUGCUUCCCGUACGACCUGCCUCUCCUAGGAAGAGCUCAGAGAGCUUUAUUCCUCCUAACUUUCCACGCGCCGGACCAUUCCACCUCGGCCGGGAACCCGCUGCAUCUGGUGUCCAGCCAUCCAACAUCACGUCAGCGAUUCGUUCUCAGAUGAUUUCCUCUACCGCUGCUGCCCCUGGAGCAAGGGCUGGUGUCAGUAAGGAAGUUCACGAACUGAAAAGGAAAGUUCUUGAGAAGAGCAAUGGCGGAAUCUCGACAAGCGGAGUGCCCUCGUCCCUCCGCACGACCGAUCUGUCAGGAGCGGCAAAAGCAGCAAGGGGACAGCCCACAAAGACGGGCAGAGGGAGGACGCAGGAUGCUCUUGCCAACAUUAAUGAAGAAGAAACGACCCAGUCGGAGGAUGACGACGGCAACAAGCAGCGCGCAGCAGCUAAGAAAGCUAGCAGUCAGAAGAAGCAGAAGGAAAAGAAGUGGGAUCCCAAGCCGGGCUAUUGUGAAAACUGUCGGGACAAGUUUGACGACUUUGACGAGCAUAUCAUGUCGAGAAAGCAUCGCAAGUUUGCGACGACAUUGUCGAACUGGGCUGAGCUGGAUGCGCUCCUUUAUCAGCUCGAGCGUCCUUUGAAGGAAGAAUACGACUAUAUAUAGGAAGGGUGCAUAUAUUCGUCGCCGUUUGCAAGAUCAUCAAACUCAUAUCUAGCGCCAAGUUCCCAACUGGCAGCCGUGCCGUGACACAUCUGCUGCCACUAAUUUUGCGCAUCAUGCUCCC